ACCGCCAAAUCCUCCAGAACACGCCGUGCGCCGCGCCGGCGGCGCCGCCGCCCCCGCCCCUCGCAAUGGCUCCUCGCCGCGACCACGGCAAGCAGGCGCAGCACAGGGCCGCUCCCACCCCCGCCCCCUCGUCCACGGACGCCGGGGGCAUCGAGGAGAAGAUGAACCCUGCGCCCCCCAACACGGACACCGCACGGGCCACGGCCAAGCAGGGCGGCGCCGGCGACGAGCUCUCCGCUCUGUUCAACGAGUUCUCGCUAGACAGCAGUAGCACCUUCGCCGAGGCGCGGAUCCGGGCCACCUUCUACCCCAAGUUCGAGAACGAGGAAUCCGACCAGGAGUCAAGAACCCGGAUGAUUGAGAUGGUGUCGCAUGGAUUAGCUACCAUGGAGGUUACGCUCAAGCAUUCAGGGUCUUUGUUCAUGUAUGCUGGUAACCGUGGUGGUGCAUAUUCCAAGAACAGCUUUGGAAAUAUCUACACUGCUGUGGGCAUUUUUGUUUUGGGUCGCUUGUUUCGUGAAGCUUGGGGGAGAGAAGCUCCUAAGAUGCAAGCGGAAUUCAAUGAUUGUCUCGAGAAAAACCGAAUAAGCGUUUCAAUGGAACUUGUCACGGCUGUACUAGGAGACCAUGGGCAAAGGCCUAAGGAUGAUUAUGCUGUGAUUACAGCUGUGACGGAAUUCGGUCAUGGCAAGCCUCAGUUCUACUCUACUCCAGAGUUGAUUAAAUUUUGUCGGGCAUGGCGCCUACCAACAAACCAUGUCUGGCUAUUCUCCACGAGGAAAUCUGCCACUUCAUUCUUUGUUGCCUACGACGCAUUGUGUGAAGAGGGGACGGCCACACCCGUUUGCAAAGUCCUUGGUAAAAUUGCUGAUAUAUCCGUGCCAGGGUCAAAGGAUCAUGUAAUUGUGCAAGGUGAGAUACUUGAAGGUCUGGUUGCCCGUAUUGUCAGUCGCGAAAGUUCGGUUCAAAUGGGAGUUCUGAGGGACUUUCGACAACGUUCAUUAGACGGAGGCGACUCUGAUUUAGGACCAAGUUUACGAGAAAUAUGCGCUGCUAAUAGGUCAGAUGAGAAGCAGCGAAUUAAAGCACUUCUGGAAAAUGCUGGGUCAUCAUUGUGUUCAGACCACUGCGAUUGGUUUGGAAACAGUGGUCUUGACGCUCAAUCUCGAAAUGCUGAUAGAUCAGUUGUCACUCAUUUUUUGCAAGCACAUCCCACGGACUAUGCAACUAAGAAAUUACAGGAGAUGAUUCGUCUGAUGAAGAAGAGAAAUCUCCCUGCAGCUUUCAAAUGUUACUGGAAUUACCAAAAAAUUGAUUUUCUUUCAAAUUAUAACUUGCAUUACAAGAUGGUUAUCCAUGUGCACAAGGAUUCUGCUUUUAGACGUUAUCAGCAAGAGAUAACGAAAAAUCAAGAGUUGUGGCCACUGUACAGAGGUUUCUUCAUUGAUGUAAACCUGUUCAAGGCUGCUGAACUUUCCAAAGACAGUAACGCUUUACCAGAAAAUAUCAAUGGUGUUUUGAAUUCAAGAUCGUCAACUAAGGAUGGUCUGGUUGAUGAGGAUUCAAAUUUGAUGGUUAAACUAAAAUUCGUGACCUAUAAGAUAAGGACGUUUUUAAUUCGAAAUGGCCUGUCCACCCUCUUCAAAGAUGGCCUGUCUGCCUACAGAACGUACUACCUGAGGCAAAUGGAGAUCUGGGGAACAUCAGCAAGUAAGCAAAAAGAGCUUGCCAAAAUGUUGGACGAAUGGGCUGUCUACAUCAGACGGGAGUGCGGGGAUGCGCAACCGUCAUCCUCGACAUAUCUUACUGAAGCUGAACCUUUCCUCGAACAGUACGCAAAGCGCAGCCCUGCAAACCUGGCUUUGGUAGGGGCUGCCGGUGGCUUGGUUCAAACAGAAGAUGUCCUGGCCAUACUCGAUGCACGAAGAGACAAAUAGGAUGACCUUAAGAAGCCAGAACUUGGGGCAGCUCCUUCUAGUUUGCACUGACAAGAGACAAGCUCGAGAGUCUAGACGCCGUUGGUGAGGUAGCACCAAGCUUGCGGAAUAGCGUGGCCGUUAUAGAAUCUGAGCGUCAGGUGCGGAGAAUGGAAGAAAGAAACUUGGGCCGUCUCGGAUGGGAGAUGAGUGUGGCAGCACAGAUUCAGGUAGAGGGAUCUGUUCCCACUCCACCAAACAUAUAAUCCUACUAACAGAUGGAUAUAAAACAUGACUUUUGCGGUAA